ACAGCAGCAGCAGCAUCUUCCUGAAGAUGAAGCAGCUGAAGUUUAUCGGCGGCUGUUUGUCGUUAUUCUUCAUGGCGAUCGUCUUCGACAUCACAGGCUUCGUCCUGCUGUUCGUCGGGAUCUUCGGCGACUUGCGGAUCCACGGCGCGUUUUACGGUGAUUUCCUCAUCCACACCGGUGCGCUCCUCCUGUUCGUCAGUCUGGGGUUUUGGUUGAUGUGGUACAUCGGGAACAUCAGGGUGCAGGAGGAAGGUUUGGAGAGGAGAUCGAGCGCCGCGCACAGCGUCAAAAAUCUGGCGAGGAAACUCACCGAGAGACUCUCAAAAACACACCUGAUGAACGAGAACACAGGUGAGAAAUCCCUCAGUAAGUCUUCCACCAUUCGAAACGUCACCUGGGGCAAAUCCACAUAUUUCCCAGGAUGUAAGGAUCCCGAAUCAGAUAUGAUCAAAUGUGAUGAACUUUCCAAGGAAAAACCUGGAGAUGAGUUCACGUGCUACCAGAAUGAAGGGUUUGAAGGCGAGGAGUCGGUGACCAAAGAAAGUGAACUGAAAGAGGAUCCGACCCAAGAAACAGAGUCAGACGCGAGUAAAUCUGAAGAAGCAUCGCAGGAGAAGAAGCCAGAGGAUGAUCAGUUCACCUGUUAUCAGAAUGAAGGGUUCGAGGACUCCGAUGCGACUAAAGAACAACCUCAGACGCCCGAGGAGUCCCAGAGCAUUGAUGAUCUCCUUUAAUCACAGGUCCUGAAAGAUCGAGUCAACACUAGUCGUAGAAAAUCUACCAAAUCAAUCAUUUCCUCACAGAGCUACAGUGUACAGUCCACACUCUGUAAUAUACGUGUACAGUGUAUGUCAUUGUUUUAUUAUUAUUGUAAUUAUUGUUGUUGUUUUAAGUUACACUCAGGUACAGCCCUUAUUUUUGCACAUUCUCAUUUGUAAGUUCAUGCAACAUGUCUUGCAUUGUGGGAAACCAUUUCCCUUUCAAAGUAACAGAUGAACGUUCAUGCAAACUCCUCCUCGGUCCAGCCAUUUCAUUUGUUAGCCGAGCUACGACACCCUGUCAUCAGUGACAACCGAGAGAGUCGCCCAACCGGUUCGACAGCAAAUACGGAAAGCCUGUCAGUGAAUUCAUGCGUGGCCGCGAUCUGUUUGGUCCAUCUCAAAACAAUGAUGGAAACGUAAUACUGUACUUUCACAAAACAGUGCCGUAGAAGAAAGCAAAUCUGUACAAAUGUGUGUGUUGUAAUCUAACUUCUUAAAGGAACAGUUCACCCCAAAAUCUAAAUGUCUUUUAUUAGCCGCAUAACUUACUUCUGUGGAACACUUAAACGCUUAAAACACUUAAAGUCCAAGCUGCCCUUUUCCAUACAAUGAAAGUGGAUGAUGACCAAGGAAGGAUGUUUAUCAGUGAAUAACCGCUUGUGUUCCUCACACAAAGGUAUCGUAUGACUUCAGAAGACUUGGAAUACAGCCCAUGGGUCAUAUGAACUGCUUGUAUGGUCUAUCACAAGCUCGACAGCCUCUGGUCACCAUCUACUUUCAAUGUAUGGAAAAGAGCAGCGUGCACAUUCUACUCAAUAUCUCCUUUUUGUAUAUGAUGAGAACUUUCUAUUCCUUGAAUAUUGAGACAUAGAAUUACAUUAAGAAAUAUAAGUUGCCAAAUCAGGAAGAGCGCAAGAUUUUAAGGUAAAUAUAUUUUUAUAGAGAUUUUAUUUUUGGUAGUGAGUGAGGUAUACAUGUGUGGACAUGCAUGACGAAUUGUGACAUAUGAAGAGAUGAUACAAUGAGUGAUCUUGACAUGCCAAACAAAUGCUGAUGUAAACACUUCCUCAUUCACUGUGCCAAUGCUAACACAUUAAAUAUGCAUGUAGAAUUAAAGCCAUACGCUUUACAGUGUGAUUGUAGAAAUGAUUUACACUCUUAAAUUAAACCACAUUUCACCCAGAAGUCUGUAUGUUUGUUUUUAGUAUUGUGGUGGUGUGCAGCAUAUAAUUAGUGGUGCUUGAUAAGCCUAUCUACCAAUGGGCCCACACACUGUCAAAGAAGUUAUAAGUAGUGUACGAACAUACUGACGGGAUCUCCCAUCCGCACCAAUUUUAGCUUGGGGCCCCCAAAAGGCUAAGACUGGCACUGUGGCUAGUGCGUGUGCAAAUGACUCAAUUUGCAUUCCACACUGUCCGCAAGACUUUUAAUGAUUUAAGUACUUAUUUUUCUGCGUGCUAUUUCAUCUUGCAUCCGUUCGAGCGCUCAGCCAAAGUAUCUUCUUUUGGACUAGGAAGCAACUUAUGUACCUAACAACCACCCAGAACACCCUAGCAACCACUUA